AGGCGUACAGUCCUCUCUUGUUUCCUAAAGCCAUCGCCCGCUUUCAUCAUUGCUCACGGUGUUCUCACCGGGCUUCCACCGGCACUGCUCUCCCGACGUUGGGAGUUUCUGCUUUCAGAGGGGGCGAGCCCCUCGUCUCAUGAGACAGGACGUCAGCUCCUUCUGUACAUUGAGGUGAAGAACGCCACGAAGAAGCUCGGCGACGGAAAGCCGACAGUGAAGCGUCCGUGGAACGGCUGGUGGAGGCCGCGACGGGGGCGGGUGCGACGGCAACGGACGCUGCCACCUCCCUGACCGUGCAAUCCGAACUGCGGCACAACUCUCUUGAAUGCGAAGCAUCAGGGACGCGGCGCUGUGGUGGCACGACGUGGGAGGCCUGACAGACGCGCAGCUGACGGGGAGGUUCAUCGGCUGGGCGGGGGCUGAAGCGGCUUCCACCGACGGUGCUCCUUUCUUGCCUCUGCACAACGGUGCACGCCUGACAGGGAGUGUGGCCGAGGCUGCCGCAUGAAACUUCUCCUCAUCGGCCCACAGGAGGGGACGAUGCGGUGCCACAACCAUCAGGCUUGCCAGGAGUGCGGGCUCGUCGAGGCGGCGCCUGCUCGACGGAAGCAUCGAGAAGCUCCCGAUGCCGCUCUUCCCGCCGUACGCGGCAAUCCCUCCCCUCAAGCAAGGCGUGCGGAGCAUCGUACGCAGGAGCCAGCCUGCAGGGGGGGCGAGUUGCGCGAGGACGGGUCGCCGCUUAGGAGCCCCCACGCCAGCACCACCACCGAUCUUCUGGAGGGGGGCCGCUACCCCGCGCCGAUCUACGUCGCUGAGGGGAACAACUUGCGGCCGUCGACGGGACGCAGACCGACAGCCUCCGUUGCCGAGUAA